ACAAUGGUACAGGCAGCAUCACGCUGCACAAUGGUUUCCCGGCAGUGAAAGAGGGUGAUUCAGCAAGGCGCUCGACUUCUUCCGCUAAAAUCUCCCUUUCUCGUUUCCUUUUUAUGGGAGUGGGUGGUGCUGGUUAUUGGUUUACCUUUUACCUUUUCCUUUUGCGUUUUUCACAAUUUCCCUUUUUUCCUCCUGGCCCCUCAAUUUCUAGGGGGCUUUGAGUGACUUUUACGAAGGAAUUUUCUCGGUAAUUACCUAUCCAUUAUUAAUUUAAAGCAAUAUCCCCACCUCCAAAGAAUUUCUUCCUUAUUAGAGUUCGGAAUGUGGUUAAUGAAAGACAAGUAGGGAGGAUUUUGGGGGCAAACACGGCCGGAUCAGGAUCGUAGUUCUCAGUCACGGAAUGGCUAGUGUGAGAGGCACCAACUGCAGGACCACCUUCAAUUUUCGGUGUGGUAACUCAUGCCAGGAGCUACUGAAUUAGAUCCAUUUCCUAUAGAUGAGACACGAUACAAGCAGUGAAAUUGUUUUACAAUGGACUCAGGCUGGACUGGGCGGAGCAACUGGAGCAAAGGAAGCCCUGUUUAGAUGAGCAGUCCUCUUGACCGGGGAGCGGACAACGCAAAGAAGACACUGGCCUAGUAUUUAUGAGCCUCAAUUUCUUGUACUACUGCAGUGAACCUACCUUGGAUGUGAAAAUUGCCUUUUGUCAGGGAUUUGAUAAACAAGUGGAUGUGUCAUAUAUUGCCAAACAUUACAACAUGAGCAAAAGCAAAGUGGACAACCAGUUCUACAGUGUGGAAGUGGGAGAUUCAACCUUUACAGUCCUCAAGCGCUACCAGAAUCUAAAGCCUAUCGGGUCUGGGGCUCAGGGAAUAGUUUGCGCUGCGUACGAUGCGGGCCUGGACAGGAAUGUGGCCAUUAAGAAGCUCAGCAGACCUUUCCAGAACCAAACGCAUGCCAAGAGGGCCUACCGGGAGCUGGUCCUCAUGAAGUGUGUGAACCAUAAAAAUAUUAUUAGUUUAUUAAAUGUUUUCACACCCCAGAAGACACUGGAGGAGUUCCAGGAUGUUUAUUUAGUAAUGGAACUGAUGGAUGCCAACUUGUGCCAGGUGAUUCAGAUGGAAUUAGACCAUGAGCGAAUGUCUUACCUGCUGUACCAAAUGUUGUGUGGCAUCAAGCACCUUCAUUCUGCUGGCAUUAUUCACAGGGAUUUAAAACCCAGCAAUAUUGUAGUUAAGUCUGACUGCACACUGAAAAUCCUUGACUUUGGACUGGCCAGGACAGCAGGCACUAGCUUCAUGAUGACUCCUUAUGUGGUGACGCGCUACUACAGAGCCCCGGAGGUCAUUCUGGGAAUGGGCUACAAGGAGAACGUGGAUAUAUGGUCUGUGGGAUGCAUUAUGGGAGAAAUGGUUCGCCACAAAAUCCUCUUUCCAGGAAGGGACUAUAUUGACCAGUGGAAUAAGGUCAUUGAGCAACUAGGAACUCCGUGCCCAGAAUUCAUGAAGAAAUUGCAACCUACAGUGAGAAACUAUGUUGAAAAUCGCCCCAAGUAUGCAGGCCUCACCUUCCCCAAGCUCUUUCCAGAUUCCCUCUUUCCAGCAGACUCUGAGCACAACAAACUCAAAGCCAGCCAAGCCAGGGACCUGUUGUCCAAGAUGCUAGUGAUCGAUCCAGCGAAAAGGAUAUCGGUGGACGAGGCCCUACAGCACCCCUACAUCAACGUCUGGUACGACCCGGCCGAAGUGGAGGCGCCUCCGCCUCAGAUAUAUGACAAACAGUUGGAUGAAAGAGAACACACCAUUGAAGAAUGGAAAGAACUGAUCUACAAGGAAGUAAUGAAUUCAGAAGAAAAGACUAAAAACGGUGUAGUCAAAGGCCAACCUUCUCCUUCAGGUGCAGCAGUGAACAGCAGUGAGAGCCUCCCUCCAUCCUCGUCCGUCAACGACAUCUCCUCCAUGUCCACCGACCAGACCCUGGCCUCCGACACUGACAGCAGCUUGGAAGCCUCGGCAGGCCCCCUGGGUUGUUGCAGGUGACUAGCCGCCUGCCUGCGAAACCCAGCGUUCUUCAGGAGAUGAUGCGAUGGGAUACACACACAUGUAGACACACACGCACACACCCAGAUGUUGACACACGAUGACAAGAAAAUGGCAAGGCAGAGAAUCCACGUCUAGAAUCAAAACCAAUCUUUCAGCCUGCUUCCUCUACCAGAGUUCCGUACCGCAGCUAAGCGCACAUGUAAAUGUAACUUCUAGUGGCUCUUGCUUUGGGCUUUUCCCAACGAUGCUUACCACGGAAAGUGAAUCAAACCCAAUGAGAAAAGCCUUUCUCACAAGUUGUAAAUUUGAUGGCUGAAAAACCAGCAACCUGUACCUGCCCUUCCAAAUGGCAUGACAAGGGUGCAGUGGCCCCAUCCAGCAUGUGUGUUACUCUAUCUUGCAUCUACCUGCUCCUUUGGGCCUAAUGGGAUGGAUAGAGGUACAGAUCUGCAUGUGUCUGUAUUCAGACAGCACUACUUCCUUAGAGAUGCUCCUGUCAGUGUCCUCGGGGCUGUACCAAGACAUCCUGCACUGGGGUACCACACGGUCCAUUUCAUGAGAUCUAUUACUCUGACAUAAACCCAUCUGUAAUCUAGUGCCAGUAUAUAAGCUGUUUAGUUUGUUAAUCAAUUAAGCUGUAUGUCUUAUAAGAAAACAUGUAAAGGGGGAACCUAUGGGGGGAGUGAGCUCUCUCGGACCCUUGAAGAUGUAGCUUCCAAAUUUGAACUGAUUAAAUGGCACCUGUAUACCAAUUUGUAGAAAGAACAUAUGUGAUGCUUCUGGACAGUGGGCGGGGGGAGGGGAGAAUGGUCGUUUUCAGGCAUGAAAGGAUCUGACUGUCGAAGGAAGGUGUGACGAAAGCUGACGCUCUUUGCUCUGACCAUGAACACAUAGAAGAAACUAGAUGGUAGGGUUGCCCGGUGGACUGAGAUCUGAAAGAGAUUAUUGCCCAGGUAGUAGAAGACACCGACAUCCGUGUUUUAGAGUAGACAUCAUUUGUUAUUUCCAAAUUAUGAGUCACUGGAGAGGGUGGCAGGUGGUGGCGCAUGGUCAUUGUGUAUGUUGGUGGCUAUCAGGAUCCCUCCCUGGACCAGAGCCGAACUGCCUCCUUGCGAUUUCCCCCAUAGCCAAUGAAGCUAGCUAGGUGACUUUUGGAUUGUGGGUUGUGUUUUCCACCAGUGUGUUGUUUUCCAUGGCUCUACCCUAUCUAGAUUAACUGUUGGGAAGAGAAACUAUUUUCCUCUUUGUAAAGAAAAAAAAGAAUGAAAGAAUGAAAAUAACCCCCCAGAAAGCACAGAGUGAUCCUCAGUUCAGGACGACUCCACAGACAUGAUUACCCUCAGUGAGUUCCCUGUCUCCUUAUAUGGCUGAUGUUUCCUAUGGGUUUUCUUCCUUACCUUUGGCCCAUCUGACAAGAGCCAAUAAACUGAGUUUUGCCAUAGCAGUCAAGGUGACCGCAAUAACUCUGCCAACAGGUUACUGCUACUAAAGAGCUUUAGCAAUAUGAGUUUGUCUUAAAAGCCAUGAAGCAUUAGUGUCCAUGUUUAGCAAAAGCACCUGAAUUUAUCUCAGAUUAAAUGAAAGUGCUUUCCUGAGCAUUUAGCGGAGGUACUGUGGAACAUCUCGGGGGCUAUGCGAGGCAAUACCAGGGUGACUUCACAGCAAUAAGCGGUACCAGCUACAGGCUUCCCUUCUUACUCACCGUGGUGACGUAUCCAUCACCGUUAUUUGCACUCUAACCAUGUCGGUGCUCACCGAUGCGGUGAUAUUUCACUUGAAGGAGAAAACUGCAUGCAAUGGAUGACUGAUGAGUGUGACAUGACUGACAAGUGGAAUCCCGACCAAAAAAUAAAACAAAAUAGAGCAAUCAAGAGUGCUCUGAAAACUGCCUUAAAUGCCGCAGGGAAGCUUUCUCCUUUCAAGCAAUAGAGUCAAUCGGGUACCACAACCACUCCCACCAUCACAUGUGAAUAUAUUGCCACAUUUGGGAUGGGCUUCAUUAAUAAGGACAGAAAACUUUGGAUUGUGCAGCUUGUCCCCUGUAAUUAAAGUGGUCCAAUUUCAUUCUCUUGCUACCAACUUUUCUUAGUCCCGAUUGAUUUCCUCACUGCCCCAUUGCUCACUGUUCUGUUGCAGCCUCUGCUUCAUUGGACUUUGUACUUUUUGAAAAAACCUUCGCCAUGUCACUUAGCGUUUCCUUCUACUCCUUUUGUGACACUCUUCUCUUGCUAGACCAGUGGCCUCUCUACCACCUUCCUCACCGACCCCCACAUGGGAUUCAGUGGGAGAGUAGGCAGCUGUUGUAAAGACAUGGAAUCACAGAGGGAAUCCCGUCAGCCUCUGGAUGACAUCAGAGGACAGAAGGCGCUCCCCAGCUAGCAUCUGAGACGUGCCUGGCAGUUAGAUGAUCUCUCGUGUCUGUCAAAACGGUGGUUUCUUUCCCUCACAGCGAGGCAGGCAAGAACUAGACACCCUCCUUGGGAUUGUUACCUUCCCUAAGUGGUGGUAGCCUUUUCUGCCCUGUUGCAUGGUUCUUGGGAGGUGGUUACUUUUAGCCAGAUGUCUCUUAUGGAUGGGGGAAAAAUCACUCAGGAUAAAGUGUUGAUUAGAAAUAGAUGUAAGGGGUUGACUUCUUGACUGCUUGUAAGAUUCAUUGUAUUUGGUUAUCCAUGCAAGACAGCUGAUAGGGUGACAAAGAGAAUCACCACUUCAAAAGCCUGUUAGUCCUUCAUGAUCUUAUGUACAUGUGGAUAUAAUAUCUGCUGGAGAUGAUUGUUAAUAAAGAAUUAAGAGAUUA